GUUAUUCUCUUCUAAGUUCUAACCAACUCUGUAUUUUUUUCCUCUCACCAACCAAUCCAACCUUCUCCCGCGCCAACGGAGAAUCCCGCGAUGACGAUACGACUCUCCACCGGCAUAAUCCUUAUCCUGCUAACUCUAUGCGGUGUCGUUUCGAGUAGUCGGGACAUCGUUGGAGAUGUUAUCCGGUUGCCAUCGGAAGCUUCUAGAUUCUUUCGUCCAGCUGAUGGUAAAAAUGGUGAUGAUGAUUCUGCGGGGACAAGAUGGGCGAUUUUGAUUGCUGGAUCUAACGGUUACUGGAAUUACAGGCACCAGGCUGAUGUUUGUCAUGCCUAUCAACUCCUGAGGAAAGGCGGGCUGAAGGAGGAAAAUAUCAUUGUGUUCAUGUAUGAUGACAUUGCUUAUAAUGAAGAAAAUCCAAGGCAAGGGAUCAUCAUUAAUAAUCCACAUGGCGAGGAUGUAUAUAAAGGUGUUCCAAAGGAUUACACGGGUGAAAAUGUUACUGUUGGCAAUUUUUUUGCUGCUAUUCUUGGAAACAGAACUGCUCUUACUGGGGGCAGAGGGAAAGUUGUGGAUAGUGGUCCCAAUGAUCAUAUUUUCGUAUACUACACCGAUCAUGGGGGUCCUGGGGUCCUAGGGAUGCCUACCAAUCCUUACCUUUAUGCUAAUGAUCUGAUUGACGUCUUAAAAAAGAAGCAUGCUUCUGGGACCUAUAAAAGCUUGGUGUUCUAUCUUGAAGCUUGUGAAUCUGGGAGUAUAUUUGAGGGCCUUCUUCCUGAAGGUCUGAACAUAUAUGCAACCACGGCAUCAAAUGCAGAAGAGAGCAGUUGGGGCACCUAUUGCCCUGGAGAGUAUCCCAGUCCUCCCCCAGAAUAUGAAACCUGUUUGGGCGACUUGUAUAGCAUUGCUUGGAUGGAGGAUAGUGAUGUACACAAUUUACAGACAGAAACUCUACACCAGCAAUAUGAACUGGUUAAAAGGAGGACUUCAAAUGGCAAUUCUGCUUAUGGAUCUCAUGUCAUGCAAUAUGGAGAUGUAGGACUUAGCAGAGAAAAUCUCUUCCUGUAUAUGGGUACCAAUCCUGCAAAUGAUAACUACACUUUUGUGGAUGAGAACUCCUUGACGCCACCUUCAAAAGCUGUUAACCAGCGGGAUGCUGAUCUUGUGCAUUUCUGGGAUAAGUACCGCAAAGCCCCAGAUGGAUCUGCCAGGAAGGAUCAAGCUCAGAAGCAGUUUGUUGAAGCAAUGUCUCAUAGAAUGCACAUAGAUCACAGCGUGAAACUCAUUGGGAAGCUCCUGUUUGGACUUGAAAAGGCAUCGGAGGUGCUGAGCACUGUUCGUCCUGCUGGGCAACCUCUUGUUGAUGACUGGGAUUGCCUCAAAAAACUGGUGAGGACUUUUGAGACACAUUGUGGAUCAAUAUCCCAGUAUGGUAUGAAACACAUGCGUUCUCUUGCAAACCUCUGUAAUGCUGGAAUUCGAGAGGAACAGAUGGCUGAGGCAUCAGCACAAGCUUGUAUCACGUUUCCAUCUGGUCCAUGGAGCUCUCUUCAUAAGGGAUUCAGUGCAUGAUUGACAAAAAUGUGAUAUUUAAAGCAAAAGGAUAUGUCAAUGAUGUUAUAUACAUGUAUGCUAUAGUUUGAAGAUUGUCCUUGCGAUUGCUUCCAUGUAAAUAUAAAUUAGAAGCAUCUCUAGCAGAUUGCAUUGUAGCAUAAGCGCAUGUUUCAAAUGUAGAAUGCCGGAAACAUCUUUUUUUUUUUUAUGAAUCAGUGUUCUGGCAAUCUCUGGUAACAUCCUGUUAUUUAUGAAUCAGUGUUCUGGCAA